AUGGCAGUAAUGCACGCUGCACUGUCGCCAACCAGACCUAUCUCCCCAGAGGAGCAACAGGCCAUCAACGACCUCAGAACGAUCCUGCCCUCGAUAGAAUGCUUGGAGGAUUCGUAUGUGUUGCGAUGGUUACGUGCUAAGGACCUACGAUUCGACGAAACUGCUGAUGCCCUUAAGAAGCAUGUUGUAUUCCGGAAAGCAUGGGAACUCGACACUAUCUCUACUUGGGAAGCACCAGAGAUAUUGAUUUUGUUUGAAAAUCAAAAUGACAGAUGUGAAAAUCGUUCAGGAAUGCUGAAAUCGGUCGCCUCCCUCGAUUAUAUCAAAUUCUCCCUGGCAGCCAUUGAAAAAGGACUGGAACUGUGUGCUCAAAAAGCAAAACAAAGUGGACGACCGUUCGAACAAAUGAUGUUGGUAUUCGAUUUGGACCAUAUUGGCUCUGCACAUUUCUCCUGCAAACAGUUUGCAAGCUCUUUUACCACUCUCGUCACCCUUUUCCAGGAACAUUACCCAUUAGUGCUGAGAAAGAUACUAAUAAUCAGGGCACCUGAAAUGGCUCGAAUAGCCUACGCCUCAAUUACUGCCAUUCUCAGCGAUCCUAUCACAAGGCUCAUCGAGAUGCCGUCAGAGGCUGAUUGGAAAUGGGCGCUAGCCCAAUACGUCAAUUUGGAUGGAUGGCCAGUUCAUUGGGGAGGAAAUCGACUCGAAAAUGGAGAUCCAAAAUGUCCAGCCACCAUACGAUACGGUAUGGGACCUGUUCCAUCGGAUUACUUUGUUGAUCCGAAAAGAGCUAUGCCAGACUACGAUCAGCUGACGACCGUUUACGCAGGCGAUAAGCAUCUGAUCUCAAUUCGAGUCAAGGAAAGAUGCAAAAUCUGGCAAGCCAACAAUCUCACGGAGAUGGAGGUCGUCUAUCCGUACAUUCGCCUCGAAUGCACUAAUGUACCAAUUUCCGGUCACUAUGUCGCUGAAAAAGCUGGAAAUUAUAUCAUCGAAUUCGACAACUAUUACUCAUGGUUUUCGGCUAAACAACUCCGCUAUAAUAUUGAAAUCGAAGAAAUGUAA